AUGUUGCCAAAGUUCACAGCCAACACGGCAACCCUAGCCAUCGCCAUUCUCGCAGCCUACCUCCUCUACCGCGCCCUCCUCUCCUCCCCAAUCCCAGGCAUCCCCUACAACAAAGAAGCAUCGCGCUCCCUCCUAGGCGACAUGCCAGCAAUGAUUCGCCACGCCAACAAAACAGGCGAAAUGUACGACUGGCUCGCUGCGCAAAACAUCAAGCACGCCUCUCCCGUCGUUCAAGUCUUUGGCCGCGGGCCCCUAAGCAAACCCUGGCUCGUCAUCUCAGACUUCCGCGAAACGCAGGAUAUCCUCCUCCACCGCGGGAAAGAAUUUGACAGAUCCGCAUUCACUGCCGAUUUGCUAGGCGGCGUGAUCCCCGAGCAUCAUAGUCGUUGGCAGACGGAUGAGGAGUACAAGAGUCGUAAGAGGCUUGUGGGUGAUAUUCUGACGCCGAGCUUCCUUGGGAAGGUUGCCGCGCCGUUGUUGCAUGAGAGUACGAUGCGUAUGACGGCCCUGUGGCGAGAGAAGGCGAGGCUGGAGAGGGGACGACCGUUUAGUGCGUUGAAGGAUGUCAGCCAUUGUGCAUUGGAUGCGGUGCUGGGCUUUACCUUUGGUCCGGGGAUGGAGGGUCUCAGCGCGACGCAGCCGAACGUCGACUUUCUUUCGGCCAUGUCUUCACUGCCUUUUUCUGGAAAAGGAGAGAGCAUAGAUGUGAACCAGCCGGCGGUGUUCCCACAGGCGCCUCCCAGCCCCGUCAUUGAAGCCUUGUUCAAGAUAUCGGAUAGUCUCGAGGUGGCGAUGAAGUCUGCAUUCCCGGUCCUAGCGCAUUGGUUUUUGCGCCAGAGGCAUGCUUUGAAGACGGCAAUUAAAAUCAAAGAAGACCUGCUAAGGGAACAAGUCGAUUUAUCCGCCGCCAGAGUCCAGUCUACAUCGGAGGACCACGUAGUACGCUGUGCGGUAGACGAGAUGGUGCGUAGAGAAAGCAGCCAGGCAGAAAAGGACCAACGCCAGCCAUCCUUCCACACACGACUAUUCUACGAUGAGCUCUACGGCUUCACCCUAGGCGGCCACGAAUCAACAUCAAACGCGAACCAAUGGGCACUCAAAACCCUAGCCCGCCACCAAAACCAACAAUCCAAACUCCGCGCCAGCCUCCGCGACGCCCUCCCCGACGCCGUCACCAGCAAACGCGUCCCCACCCCCCAGGAAAUCAUGCAGGCGCGGUGCCCUUCCCUAGACGCCAGCAUAGAAGAGCUCUUCCGCGUAUCACUGACGGCGCCAAUGUGCGUGCGCGGCGCGACGCAGGAUACGCAGAUCCUAGGCUUCGCCGUGCCCAAGGACACCGUCGUCUUCCAGGUGUGGAAUCGGGCGGAUUGCACGAUGCCUGGGUUUCUCGUUGACGAGGCGCUGCGGACGCCGGGGGCGCUGGCGAUGGGCAUUGGGGUGACAUGGCUCGUGAGGUCUGAAGAUGGCACGAGAGACAUUUUUGACGCGAGGCGUGGUCGGAAUAUGAUCUUCAGCAAGGGUCCUCGGGGAUGUUACGGGCGGAAGCUGGCAUAUGUGCAGUUUCGGAUGCUGGUGGUGCUUCUGCUGUGGAACUUUCACCUCCAAGAGCUUCCGCAGGAACUCAACACGACUGGGGCUUACGAUAAGUUGACGAGGGAGCCCCAUGAUUGUUUCGUUCGUUUGACGACCUUGCCGUUAUGAGCAUGGUUGAAAUGACAGCAUUGCCGGUUGAAACGCAAAUCAGGAAACUCCACGGUCCUGCAAUGAGAAAUCGGGUAUUUAGAAGAGUUCUGCUAGGGGGGCUGU